AUGGCCAACGACCUCAAGGCCAUCGUGGCCGAGCUCCACAGCGCCCUCGGCCGGCAACAAUUCGAAGCCGUCAACGACCUCCUCAGUCGCGGCAAGCGCGCCCUCCUCCUGCAGAAUGUCCUGAUUCCCACGCCGUCAGCACCCGCCGAGCUGGUCGCCCAGGCCCGUGAGGUUCUUGAGCUCGGAGCCAUCGCCUCCAUCCGACAGACCGACGCACCCACCUUCACAAGAUACUACCAGCAGCUGCAGCCGUUCUACGACCUGGAGCGGGACAGCACGAAUGCCGGCCACGUCGACAUCCGCAGUAGCCAGCGCAGCAAGAUCACAGGCUUGUAUUUGCUGCUGCUCCUGAGCAUGGGCGACAGCACGAGCUUCCACACGGUGUUGGAGGGUCUGGUCGAGGAGGCAAGUCUGAAGGGCAAGAGCGUUGAGGAUGAUCCGUUCAUCAAGUACCCCGUUGAGCUGGAGAGGAACCUGAUGGAGGGAAGCUACGAUAAGGUGUGGCGGGAGACGAACUCAGAGCGUGUGCCGUCGGAGGACUUUGCGCUGUUCUCGAAUGUCCUGGUCGGAACCAUCCGCAGCGAAAUCGCAGACUGCUCCGAAAAGGCGUACCCCUCGCUCCCCAUCUCCAACGCCAAAAACCUCCUCUUCCUCGAUUCGGAGGGCGCCGUGAUCGAGUUCGCCCAGCAGCGCGGCUGGGUUCUCCGUGAUGGCCGCAUCUAUUUCCCCGUCGAGCCCGAGGCGGCUGCUCGGUCCGAGAAGGAUAUCCUCGUGGCCAGCGGUACAAUUAUCGAGAAUGCGAUUGGCUAUGCGCGCGAGCUGGAGACGAUCGUUUGA